AUGCGCUGCUCCUCCCCCGGGAAGCUGGGUGGCAGCGGGGGGACGCCCCAGCCCAACGCGGACGCCGGCAGCGCCCGGCCGGUGGUCCCCGGCGGAGAGUCGGGGGGAGCGGACCGGAGGCAGGCCCGCCCGGGCUGGGGGCUCGGCGCACACCCUUGGGAGACCGGGCCGCAGCCGCCAGUUGGCCAUACAGGCCCUGAGGGAAUUUUUAGACCUGGCCUGCGCGUUAGAGAGAAAAACGUCGGCCUCUGGCGGAAAAUGAAGGCGAGCACUCGGGUCCGAACCAGCCCCGGGAGAAAGCUUCAGCCGGACCAUCCGGAGAAACCCGUGAGGCGGGGCGGGGCCAAGAUGGCGGAGGAGGCGGGGCUUCAGGAGUGGGGGCUGGAGGAAAUGGGCCGGGGCGGGGCCUGGGCCCGUGCCGCCGUGGUACUUCUCUGUGCCUCUGAGCUGCUGCUGCUCCUGCUGCUGCCGCUGAGGGCCUUCGCCGCUGAGGGCCCAGCCGAGACGCCCGGCGAGGCCACCCCACCUCUCCGGAAGAAGAAGGAUAUUCGCGACUACAAUGACGCGGACAUGGCUCGUCUUUUGGAACAGUGGGAGAAAGAUGACGACAUAGAAGAAGGAGAUCUCCCAGAGCACAAAAGACCCUCUGCACCUAUAGACUUCUCACGGAUAGACCCGGGCAAGCCUGAGAGCAUAUUGAAGAUGACAAAGAAGGGCAAGACUCUCAUGAUGUUUGUCACUGUAUCAGGAAGCCCCACGGAGAAGGAGACGGAGGAAAUCACGAGCCUCUGGCAGGGCAGUCUUUUCAACGCCAACUACGACGUCCAGAGGUUCAUCGUGGGGUCAGACCGUGCCAUCUUCAUGCUGCGUGACGGCAGCUACGCCUGGGAGAUCAAGGACUUCUUGGUCAGUCAAGACAGGUGUGCCGAUGUAACUCUGGAGGGACAGGUGUACCCUGGCAAAGGAAGAGGAAGCAAAGAGAAAAAUAAAACCAAGCAAGAGAAAGGCAAAAAGAAGGAGGGGGGAGAGCCGAAACCUCGGGCUUCGAAGGAAGGCAAUCGAGCUGGGAGUAAAAGGGAAGAGCUAUAG